CGUGACGUUACGCACACCUCGGCCCCUGCUCCUAUGGCAGCCCUGGGGCAUGCUGGGCUUGUCGGGAUCUCGGCAGAAGCUGGCUGGAGGGAGCGGAGGUCUGCAGCUGGAUGCAGACAGCACGUUUGAAGUGAUGAGAUGACCACCAGGCUGAGCCUCUGUGGAAGGGGAUGAGUUCAGGAGGGAUUUUUCCUUUGACUUCAAUUUAAGAAAAAUCUGUGACUGAUAACAAGAGAGAAGAAAAUCCAAACUGAUUGUGCAUUUCAUGAAACUGGAAAGGGAUUCAGACAACAUUCAAUUGUAAAUCCCUGUAAGAACUUGACCUCAUGGAGUAACUGUCCUCAGGAUAGUGAAUAUAACAAAUGCUUUCCUGAAUUGGUAGAGCUUCCUCAGUCCCUUUGGAAAUCUCCUGAAAUGCAAAAGGAUCAGGACAACCUAAGGGAAAUGGCCUCCAGGUGAAGUUCAGACCUCAUUAGAAAUUUAAAAAGUUAUCCUGAAGAAAUGCAUUCUAUAGGUAAUGAAGGAGGGAAGACCUUCCCACAGAACUCUAAGCUUGCUGGACAUCAGAGAAUCCACACUGGUGAGAAACCUUAUGAAUGUAAUCUGUGUGGAAAGACUUUCACCAAGAGCUCUAGUCUUACUAAACAUAAAGGAAUCCACAAUAAAAAGGGACCUCAUGAAUUUAAAGAGUGUGGAAAGGUUUUGAAAGAGAAAGACAAUCUUGCUGAACAUCAGAGAAUCCAUACUGAAGAGAAACAUUUUGAAUAUAAACAUUGUGGAAAGGCUUUCACAGAUGUCUCUAAUCUUAUAGAACACAAGAAAAUCUACACUGGAGAGCAUGGUAAAGGAGAAAGGGGAAAAGGUGGUCGAUAGAUUGGGGAAGGGAGAUACCAUCAAGGAUUGGACUGGUGUGUGUGGCCCAAGUGCAGUUCUAGUGCUGGGGUGGAGUUUGAGGGCAAGAUUUAGGAAGGAGAGGUAGAUAAGAUCUGGAGGUUCUUCUACCCCUAGGUGUGAUUGCGUCUUCUCUUCAACCUUAAAUUGUCUUUUGCUUCUGGAUGUUAAUUCUGCAUGUUCAGGUAGCCUCUAGGACUGAGAUAGUACCUCUCCCUGCCCCCUUCCCUUUUCUUUGGGCCUCAUCUUCCCCAUAUGACCUCUUGACCAGCGUCUGCCAGUUAUGCCAGGAGCAGACCUGCCUUCUGGGCUUGCUCCCAGCCCAUACUAUAUAUCUAGGCUCUUCAUCACUUUCCAAAAGUGAGUGUCAUCCGCACCUUUACCCCUGGGUUACUUUUGCCCAACCUUUAUAUCCCAACCAUAGUAUGAGAAGGAGAUCUGAGUCAGGGGUCAUUGAAGUUCUGCCUGGUUUAAUCCUAUCUGGUAUCCCAAGCCCCUUCUGCCUCUUGGGUCUUUGUAGGAGGAUAGGGGAGGUGAAUGAGGCCAAAGAUGGAAUUAGUGAGGAUGGAACGUUUUCCUGUACUGUCCUAUUUUAUUUCUAAGCCUGUCCCUCUCUAUUCCCCUCAGACUGGGUAGAGUCUCCCCUGAGGACAGGCGGAGGGCCUUUUGAUCCCCUCUGAAACCUCAUCUUCUAUAAUUUCUUAUAGGUAUGCAAAGAGAAAGUUUCUCCACCUUGAGUAUCCUCCUCCCUGAAGAGCACCAAAGUCUAGCCCUAGGAGAGACCUUGGAACCAGAGAGAAUGAUGCCUGAGACCCAGAGACCCCCAUGUCAGGUGAGUGCAGUCCAUAUCCAGACCUGACCAGCUUCACCCAAGGUGGAAUCCAGGAGAAUUAAGGAAGCUCUAUCCUGUUAAACUUGAGGUAUCCUUUGCAGUAAUUUCAUCAGAGCAGCAAUUUUCCUCCUAAAUCCCUUCUACCAUUUCUUAGAUGUAGUAAAUAAGCAUUGAUCAAGUGACUGCUGUGUGCUAAGCACUGUGCUAACCUCGUGGGGAUGCAAAAGAAGGACAUAAAAUUGCACUAUGUUAUGGGAAGAAACCAUGUGAGCAUCUGUGUCUAGAAAAGCCAAAUGCAGUAUAGAUGGGAACCGUGUGAGAGGGAAGGACCUAACAGAUUUAUGGACCAGGAAAAGCUUGUUUUUAGAAGGUGAAAUUUGACUUGAGAUGGAAAGGAAGCCAGGAGACCCAGGGGAGGAGGGAAGACACUCCAGUAUAAGAGACAGUCAUUGGAAAGGGACAGAGUGAGGAAAUGGAGAGUCCUGGUCAUGGAUCAUCCAGGAGGCCAGUGUCCUUGAGUCAGAAAGGAAGUGGAAGGCAGGAAGGGUCAGAAACCUGGAAAGGGGGUCUGGGAUGGCUAGGUGGUAUCUGCUGUUUGCUACUAGCCCUCUCAGUAUGUAAGUCAUUCCUUUUGGGAGAAUUGUCAUUGUCCUUAUGUCAAGGGUUACCAUAGAACAAAGUAAUUAUUGCUUGUUUGGUUCUGAUCUUGACACUCAGGAAGACUGAGGCAGCAGCACAAGAGCUGGACAAGUCCAUGACAGUUUUUGUAUCCACUCAAGAAAAUGACCCACAUGUAGGGUAGGUGAAAAACAUUUGGGUCCCUCACAUCUAGAGAUCACAUGUUAUAUAUGUAAUGAUUUGUCUUGUGUUUGUUUUCAUUUAGUCAUUUCAGUUGUGUCUGACUCUCUGUGACCCCAUUUGGGGAUAUAUUGGUAAAGAUCCUGGAGUUCUUCAGGAAAUAGCUAAAUCAAAUCUUCUAAAGUACGGUCUGAGUCGGGUGGAGUAAUUUUAAAAUUCAUACUUUAGAAAGUCUCUUUGUGCUACAUCACUGUUUGUUAUCAGUGUGAACUCUAAGAUCAGCACUGUCUGCUCCCACAUACACUGUGUUGCAUGAAUUUUCCAGGUCCUUGGUAGCUGCUGCCUAAAUAAGCCAGUUCAGUUUCCAGAUAGACAGGUACACUGUCAUCUAUUCUUCUAUCCAAGACUGUGACACAAUUAAUCAGUGAUGGCCAUGUGUCUUAAAAGUGCAGAAAUUGCAUAGGGAAAGUCUCUCCUCUUGACCUCCAUGCCCAUUAUCCUGAUAUAAUUCAGGAGAUCCUAUGGAAAAGGAAAAUUUUAUAAAUUCUUAUUACAAAAUGAAAGUGGAAAGUACAAGUUCUUUAUUGUUCAGAAAUUUUAUAAUAGAAAUGAAUACAGCUUAAAGUGAAAUAUAGAUUACAAAUAGAAGACAAAUCAUAUGUUUAAAACAUAAAUAUACUUACAUGAGGAUAGCAGUAGGUCUAAGCCUGAGCAAAUACAUAAUCCAAACAUAGUUUCUGGUGUGAUAAUAAAAGCAAAAAUGUUACUUUAACAUUCACCAUACUGUGGAGGUAACAUCGGAUUCUUGAGUGGUUAUGGCACUGGAAAAGUUCCACUGGGAAUGCUGAAUCUAGAAAGACUUGGUUUGGGAAAGAUUAUGGUCCUAGCAACAGUUUAUGUCUGCCUAAGGACCAAUCUAUCUAACUCUGGUCCUGGUAAUGUAUGUUAAAGGAACCAGAGUGGGUAAUUUGAUGAAAUUAAAUGCUGAUAGAUACAUGGAGAAAUAGGCCUAAUAUUACAUUGCUAGAGCAACUGUGAAUUGUGUUUUAGAAAACAAGAUGGAAAUAUACAUUAAGUGCUGUAAAACCAUUCAUGCUCAUUUACCUAGGAAUCCAAUUACUAGGAUUCGACAUUAUUAAGAGGACAGGAAGCUGUGUGAAAAGCUGUAUUAAAAUAUUAGUGGAAGCUUUGUUAGUAAUUACAAAAGAAUUGGAAAUAAAACAAAUGCAGUGAUUGGGAGAAAUGUUUGAAUAGAUUAGAUUAUUUUAAUGUAAUAGUUUAUAUUAUGUUAUUAGAAAUGACAGAUAUUGAAAAUAUUAAGAAAAUAAGGGAAAUAGAUGAAAAGAUGAAAAGAGAAUAAUAUAAUUCAUUAUAUGAUAAAAUUUCUUUUAAAUCUACAAAAUCAGUUUUGAUGGAUAGCUGAUACUUGGUUGAAGAUCCAACUCUCCUGCCUUUCUGAAUAUCAUGUUCCAUGCCUUACGGUUGUUCAGUGUGGAAAUUUCAAGGUCUUGUGUGACACUGAUUGGCAUUUCUUUAUACCUAAUUGUCUUUUUCUGGCUUCUUGUAAGCUUUUUUCUUUUGCUUGAAAGCUUUCUAAUUUGGCAAUUACAUUCUUGGGAGUUGUCUUUUGGGGGGUUUAGUUUAGAGGGUGUUCUGUGAACUCGUUCAAUGCCUAUAUUUCCCCCUUGUUCUAGAAUCUCUGGGCAGUUUUCUUGGAUGAUAUCUUGUAUUAUGAUAUCAAGACUACUGUUUAUUAUUGGCUUCUCUGGUGGACCAAUGAUUCUCAGAUUGUGUCUCCUUCCUCUUUUCCAUGUCUGUCACCUUGUCAGUGAGAUAUUUUAUGUUUUCUUCUAAUUCCUGAAUUUUUUGACUUUGCUUUAUUAAUUCUUGCUGUUUUGCAAGAUCAUUGGUUUCCAGUUGCUCAGUUCUGGACCUUAAGGCUUGAUUUUCUUCUUUGAUCUUUUGGCAUUCAGCUGUAAUUUUUUGGUUCUCUAAUAUAAUUUUUUGGUUUUCUUUUUGAACCAUUUCCCACUUCUCUUUCCAGAGGGCUUCCAUCUUUCUGAUAAUAAGCUCCAUUUCAGACUCUUCCCGGGUUUGUGGACAAUUUUCAUUUUUUUUUUUUGUUUUGCCUGUGUUUCACUUUUGUCCAGUAUUUCCUAUGUACCUUGGGUUUUUCCUCCAUAGAAAGUUUCGAGGGUGACAGUCUUCUUUUUUGAUUUCUUGCUGGGAUUUUGAGGCUCCUGUGCACAGUUAGCCAUUUUUUUCUGGAUGUUUUCACUUCCCUCUUUAGUCAGAAAUCAGAGUCUGCUGAGCAGGGUUUUUUUGGUGUAGGGAGUUAAUGAGCCGGGUCUUGGUUUUCCUCAGUCCUUUGCAGCUUUUCUUGGUGCCUUCCUCCAGGGGGAGCUCAGUGUCUGCUCUCUCUCACCCGCCUGAUUUUCUGGUUUAGUUACUUUUGGGGGUGGGUCCCCAGCAGACCUGGUUAAUUCCCAAGGACCCUAAAAAUGGUCCCUAUUCGUUCCAGAGGGAUUCCUGUCUCACUCCCUGACUCUGGUGGGCGCAAUGGGCUCUGCGCACCUGAAAUCUCUCUCUCAUGUCUUGAGUUUUUCUGCCUAGCUGCCUUUGGGGGGGGGGGUCCCCCUGCUCUCUUGCUGUCCUAGUCAACUCACAAGGGCACAGAAGUACCCACUCCUUGCUUCAGAGGCACUCUUUGCUUGUUUGUCUCGGCGUGCGCUGGCCACGGCUCUGGCCCUAUAGGUGGGGGUGGGGCAGGCUGGAUCCUCUUGCGUUUGCCUUUGGGAAAAGUGGAAGACAGUGUGGGAGAGAUUAGGUUUGGAUCAACACCUCACACCCUACACCAAGAUAAACUCAGAAUGGGUGAAUGACUUGAACAUAAAGGAAACUAUAAGUAAAUUAGGUGAACACAGAAUAGUAUACAUGUCAGAUCUGUGGGAAGGGAAAGACUUUAAAACCAAGCAAGACAUAGAAAGAGUCACAAAAUGUAAAACAAACCAUUUUGAUUAUAUCAAAUUAAAAAGAUUUUGUACAAACUAAACCAAUGUAACCAAAAUGAGAAGGGAGGCAACAAAUUGGGAAAUAAUUUUCUUAACAAAAACCUCUGAAAAAGGUAUAAUUACUCAAAUUUAUAGAGCUAAAUCAAUUGUCCAAAAAAUCAAGCCAUCCUCCAAUUGAUAAAUUGGCAAGGGAAAUGAAUAGGCAGUUUUCAGCCAAAGAAAUCAAAACUAUUAAUAAGCACAUAAAAAAGUGUUCUACAUCUCUUAUAAUCAGAGAGAUGCAAAUCAAAACAACUCUGAGGUAUCACCUCACACCUAGCAGAUUGGCCAACAUGAGAGCAAAGGAAAGUAAUGAAUGCUGGAGGGGAUGUGGCAAAGUAGGGACACUAAUUCAUUGCUGGUGGAUUUGUGAAUUAAUCCAACCAUUCUGGAGGGCAAUUUGGAACUAUGCCCAAAGGGCGAUAAAAGACUGUCUGCCCUUUGAUCCAGCCAUAGCACUGCUGGGUUUGUACCCCAAAGAGAUAAUAAGGGAAAAGACUUGUACAAGAAUAUUCGUAGCUGUGCUCUUUGUGGUAGCAAAAAAACUGGAAAAUGAGGAGGAUGCCCUUCAAUUGGGGAAUGGCUGAAUAAAUUAUGGUAUAUAUUGGUGAUGGAAUACUAUUGUGCUCAAAGGAAUAAUAAAAUGGAGGAAUUCCAUGGAGACUGGAACAACCUCCAGGAAGUGAUACCGAGUGAAAGGAGCAGAACCAGGAAAACAUUGUACACUGUGGAACCAUCAACCGUAAUGCACUUCUCCAUUAGUGUCAAUGCAACGUCCCUGAACAAUCUGCAGGCAUCUAGGAGAAUAAACAUCAUCCAUAAACAGAGGACAAUCUGUGGGAGUAAAAACACCGGGGAAAAGCAACUGCUGGACUACAGGGGUUAAGGGGACAUGUCUGAGGAGAGACUCUAAAUGAACACCCUAAUGCAAAUACCAACAACAUGGAAAUGGGUUCGAAUCAAGGACAUAUGUGAUAACCCAGUGGAAUUAUGCGUUGGCUAUAGGAGGGGUGGCGAGAGGCGCGGAGGAAAAGAAAAUUAUUUUUGUUUCCAAGGAAUAAUGUUUGAAAUGAAGAAAUAAAAUGUUUAAAAGUAAAAAAAAAAAGCUUCAAAAUUAAGAGAAAAAAGUAUCAAAGUAAAACAAAUUCAAUGGGAAGUCAGAAGCAGAGAAUGUUUUUUUGUUAACACAUACAUAAAAUGUAUGUGUUUGAAACAAAUUAUAAACAUUGUGAAAUUUGCCAUUUUGUACAUACUUGCUUUUUCAUUUAUUUAAAUUUUGUUGUUGGUGGUAUAUGAUUGAAAAAAUGGGGGGAAAGUGUGUACCAUCUGUUUUCCAUGGAGCAGUUUGAUAACAUAAAUGAACUCUUCCAGGUAGCAUAGUUUUACCAGAUCUGGCCACUCUCUUGUCAGUUAUCGAAUCUGCCUCUAAACUCAUUCUUUUGACCUUUGGUUCUGGAGGUUCUAGAGUCCCUAGGCUAUGUUUAGAUCAUUUGUUUUUUGUAAAUGAAUUCUUGUUGAAAAUUAAUACUGAAUUAUGAUGUUUUUGUGGAAUAAUUUCCUCUUUAUCCCCCCACCCAAGUACCAAACCCCAAUCUUUCAGUCUGUCCCCUCCCAAGGCCAUGGAAAUACGUUGAAACCUGCUUUGUUUUUUUAAGAUAAAACAACUAAGAGCAGGGUUGGCAAGCCAUAGUGAGUCUUGAACCAUUUUGAGAGAAUGCUAGGCCAGCCACAAGGCCGAAUAAAGUUUGAACUGGUAGCUUUCUUGUAUGGACAAAGCCCUGCUUCUCCUGUAAUGAAAUAAUGAGGGAGCAGCAGUUGAAGUCUCUAAGUCCCCUCUUCAUUGGCCAUUUAUGAAUCAGUGAUCUCUUGGAAUGUACAGGGAAAGGACUGAGUGGUUGACCGAAGGAGAUAGAUAGAUAGAUAGAUAGAUAGAUAGAUAGAUAGAUAGAUAGAUAGAUAGAUAGAUAGAUAGAUAGAUAGAUAUGGGGAGUGAGAGAGAGAGAGAGAAGAGGUGGGGGUGAGGAGAGGGAGAGACCUAUGCUAGAGGAGAGAAAUGUCUUUUUUACAAACUCUUAGAUUGUGGAGAGAGUAAACGGACCACAUUAGAAUGUCUUGAUCAGUCAAUUAAUUAAUUUAAAAUGAAGGAAUUCAGUCUCUGCAGAAUUUCAAUCAUUACAUUGUCAGUGUCUUUCUUAUGAAUAAGCUCAUCCCUAACCUUAUUUAAUAAAACAUAUUUUUAAUUUUAAAAAAAUUUCUCCUUUUCUCAUCAUAAUUACUUUUCUUUCAAUGUAUUUAAAUAUUAAAAAUGAAUGAAUAGAUGUCAUUCACAUGAAAUUAAUCACACGGAAAAGACAUCAAAUGUAAAAUAUUUUGGCUAAGACACAUCAAACCCAGUGUUUCCUCAAAUCCUCAAUAUGACACUGGAUAUCUCUUCUUCACUUGGAUGGAGACAGUCUGAUCCCAUGUAGAAAACAGAUUAUGUGACUUUUUUCAGUAAAGGAAAUAUGGUGAUUUGUAGCCUUCAGGAAAGUCUCUACCCAAUCCCUCUGCUCCUAAUGAGAAUAACAGGCAUGCUCAGAAAAGCUAUGAAUAUUAAAUUAUGUUCCCUUAAGGUAGAGUGAACUUAUUAAAGCACAUGUGACAUGACACAGGAGGGGUAAAUAUGACUAGAGGAGAACAUAUUAUAGGUGUGUUGGGAAGUUGUACACCUCCACUACCAGUGGAGAAAGGAGGGAGGACUCUGUGGCCAGGUAUGUGGAAUAAAAGCUUGCUGUGCCAAUCCAGGUAUGUGCCUACUUGUUGGAGACCUGCUCUUGCAAGAACAUCUUAAUAAAAUACCUUCCUUCUUCACUGUGGUUUUCCAUUGAGUUCUUCAUAAGACUAUUGUUUCUUACAAUCCAGAUAUAAGUAUUUCAACUUUUUUGGAAAUUAAGUAGGAAAUUCCUUUUUCUUUAUUCUUUCCUUAUUAAUGAUUAGUAAUGUUUUUUACCCAGAAUACACCAUACUUGCCACCUUCUCACAAACUCAUUACAAAAUGCUCUUACCAGAUCAAUUCUGACAUUUGUGAUGAGGAAGAAUUUCAGAUCAUCUCUCUUUCUCCUCCAUAGAAUCUCAUACUUUACAUACCAUCUCCCUGAUUCCAUACGGAGAAACAUUUCAAAGUAAGACCCUUCUCCAGGUUUUACUAUUCCAACAUGAUUCUCACUUCAGAUACAAAUGCUUUUCUCAGUAUUCCAUUAGGCUCUGAAUGACUGCUCUCCAGUGCUAGCUCUGAUGCUAUUCAAGGUUAAAAGUUUGGGGUAAAUCCUUUGUGUGCUUCAGUUUCCUCCUAUGUGUUGAUGAGGGUUGAUGAUUUCUGAAGUCUCAGCUCUAAAUCUCAUGACUUUUGCUGAUUUAGGAGUCAGUAACGUUCCAGGAUGUGACAGUGGACUUCACCCAGGAAGAGUGGUGCAUGUUGGACCCUUCUCAGAAAAAGCUGUACAGGGAGGUCAUGCUGGAGAAUGUGCAGAAUCUGCUCUCUGGCUGCCAGUUCCCAGAGAAAAUUUGAUAUCCAGUUGUCAGCAAGGGGACUCACCGUGGUUGUUAGAACAAAAAGGCACAAGGAUCUUCUGUGCAGAUGCAGAGACCAGUUUUGAAGUGAAGGAGAUAACUACAAAGCCGAGCCUUGUUGUGAAAAGAUCUGGUAAGCAAGGAUUUAUGAAUGCGGAUCCCUAUGACUUAAUUUUGAGAGAAAGCUAUGAAUCUAAUAUCAAAGUAAAUAAAAAUCCAAAUAGUGACAGUGAAUUUUAUGGAAUUGCAAAGAAAUUCACACAAUAUUCAAUGCUAAAUCAAAAUAAGAAAAUGACCUCUGGAAAUGAGUAUCAUCAGAAUAAUGAAUACAACAAGUACUUCCCUGAAAAAGAACUCCUUCGAUCCUAUAUGAAACCUCCAGAAAUAUUCAUAUAUCAAGAUUAUCCAGAGGAAAUGGCCUUCACUUGGAGUUCCAGCCUCAUUAAACAUCCAAAAAGUAAUCCUGGAGAGAAGUUUUCUGUGAGUAGUAAAGAUGGGAAGGCCUUCUGUCAGAAUUCUGAAUGUGCACAAGAUCAGAUGAUCCACACUGAAGAGAAACUUUGUGAAUGUAAAGAAUGUGAAAAGGCUUUUAAGCGAAGGGAUCAUCUUAUUGAAAAUCAAAGAAUCCACAGUGGACAGAAACCUUAUGAAUGUAAACAGUGUGGAAAGAUUUUCACACAGAAGGGCUAUCUUGUUAAACAUCAUAGAAUCCACACUGGAGAGAAACCUUAUGAAUGUAAGCAUUGUGGAAAGGCUUUCACACAGAGGGGAAAUCUUGCUGAACAUCAAAGAAUCCACACUGGAGAGAAACCUUAUGAAUGUAAGCAUUGUGGAAAGGCUUUCACACAGAGGGGCAAUCUUGCUGAACAUCAAAGAAUCCACAUUGGAGAGAAACCCUAUGAUUGUAAAGAAUGUGGGAAGUCUUUCACAUUGAAUUCACAACUUGCUAAACAUCAGAGAAUUCACACUGGAACAAAACCAUAUGAAUGUAAACAGUGCGGUAAAGCUUUCACAUGGAGAAACGGUCUUGUUGUACAUCAGAGAAUCCACACGGGAGAGAAACCGUAUGCAUGUAAACAGUGUGGAAAAGCUUUCACAGCUAGCUACAGUCUUUCUAUACAUCAGAGAAUCCACACUGGAGAGAAACCUUAUGAAUGUAAACAGUGUGGAAAGACCUUUACACAGAGCUCUGGUCUUACUGAACAUUAUAGAAUUCACACUGGAGAGAAACCUUACGGAUGUAAACAGUGUGGAAAGUCUUUCACAACUAGCUAUGGUCUUGGUGCACAUCGGAGAAUCCACACUGGAGAGAAACCUUAUGAAUGUAAGCAAUGUGGAAAGGCUUUCACACAGAGAGGCAAUCUUGCUGAACAUCAAAGAAUCCACACUGGAGAGAAACCCUAUGAUUGUAAGGAAUGUGGGAAGUCUUUCACAUUGAACUCACAACUUGCUAAACAUCAGAGAAUUCACACUGGAACAAAACCAUAUGAAUGUAAACAGUGCGGUAAAGCUUUCACAUGGAGAAACAGUCUUGCUGUACAUCAGAGAAUCCACACGGGAGAGAAACCUUAUGCAUGUAAACAGUGUGGAAAAGCUUUCACAGCUAGCUACAGUCUUUCUAUUCAUCAGAGAAUCCACACUGGAGAGAAACCUUAUGAAUGUAAACAGUGUGGAAAGACCUUCACACAGAGCUCUGGUCUUACUGAACAUCAUAGAAUGCACACUGGAGAGAAACCUUACGAAUGUAAACAGUGUGGAAAGUCUUUUACGACUAGCUAUAGUCUUGCUACACAUCAGAGAAUCCACACUGGAGAGAAACCUUAUAACUGUAAAGAAUGUGGAAAGUUGUUCACAUUUAGCUCACAACUUGCAACACAUCAGAGAAUUCACACUGGAAUGAAACCAUAUGAAUGUAAACAAUGUAGAAAAUCAUUCACAUUUAGCUCGCAACUUGCUACACAUCAGAGAAUCCACACUGGAGAGAAACCUUAUGAAUGUAAACAGUGUGGAAAGGCUUUUACAACUAGGUACAGUCUUGCUGUACAUCAGAGAAUCCAUGCUGGAGAGAAACCUUAUGACUGUAAAGAAUGUGGAAAGUCUUUCACAUUUAGCUCACACCUUGCUACACAUCAGAGAAUUCACACUGGAACAAAACCAUAUGAAUGUAAACAAUGUGGAAAGUCUUUUACACGGAAAGAUGGUCUUGUUGUACAUCAGAGAAUCCACACUGGAGAGAAACCUUAUGAAUGUAAACAAUGUGGAAAGGCUUUUAAAACAAGCGGCCAUCUUGCCAAACACCAGAGAAUGCAUACUGGAGAAAAACUAUGACUGUAGUCAGUUUGGAAAUGCUUUCACAUAUAUGUCCAUACCUGCUAAAUGGCAGAAAAAUCCACACUGUGAAAAAACUUUACAAUGGUCAUGUAUGAACCUGAGCUUUUAGUUGCUAUUCAUAGCUUAUUUAAGAAUAAUCUAUUUAGAUUUCCAAAAAGUCAAAAUCUCUAAGCCAGAUAAUUAGUUUUACUGGGAGAGGGCCUAAUCCUCCAAUAAAGCUGGACUCCUGAUUAAUAUUGGAAGACCCCAAGCAAUGUGAUAGACCUACUUUUAUAACCUCAAGAAACAGUCAAGUUUUCCUUAAAAGUUCAAAGAAAAGUGUAAGACUAGUCAUACCCUUCAAAGGAUGAGGACACCCAGCAACACUGUUCAUUAGCUAGUUCAACUAGGAAGCAACCCUUAUUUGUCCAUAGUUAGAUCAGCUAAGUAGAGCUUUUGACCAUGAUCUAAGAGUCAUUUGAUGAUUAUUGGGGGACAAGGAUGUUCUCGGCCUACUCCGGAUAAGGAUGGGUGGUAAUGGAUAGCCCCAUGUCUGUUUAUGAAACUAAAGUCAAAGCAAAUGAUGACUCAUACCUGAGCACAAGUUAGGUUCAUGAUACAUCAACUCAAAAGGGUGGGGCUAACUAAGGCCUAAGUUAAAACCGUUUAAAAGCUUUACUAAAAUAUAGGUGAAAAACCCUUCUAAAAUCACGACAAUACUAAUUAUCGUUGAACUAUAAUUAUGAUUAUCUGAAAGCUAUUACUAACAUUAAAAUCUAAUCAUGUAUAAGAGGGUAGGGGUAUUUUCUCACUCACAGAAGAGAAUUCACAUGGGAGAGAAAUCUUAGGAGUAUAAGUAAUGUAGUAAAGACUUCAGGAAAUAACCACUUCAUUCCCAUUCCCUAGAAUUCCUAUUAAUUUGAAAUAUUAGCACUCAUGAAUGAGGAAAGACAUUCAAAAGGCAUUCAGAGCUUGCUAAAUAUGAGAAAAUGUCUUCUGAUUUGGCAUAUAUGGAUUCCCUGUGGGAAGACUUUCAUCCAGAGAUAAUCUCUUACAUGGUGCAGAGAAGUCUAAUGAAUGUGCUCAAGGGGAAUGUGUUUUUCUCUGGGAGAGGGUGAUGAUUAUUAAUUAGAGAAAUACAAAUUAAAACAGCUCUGGGGUAGCACCUCACUCCUAUCAUGUUGGCUAUUAUGACAGAAAAGGGAAAUGAGAAAAUAUGUGGGAAAUGUGGGAAAAUUGAGACACUAAUGAACUGUUGAGGUAAUUCUGAUCUGAUUCAACCAUUUAAUUUAAUUUAUUUGUUUAUUUUUCGUGAUAUUAGCCACUUGAUUUCCCUCCAUCCCCUCAACUCGCCCUUCCCACAGCCAACAUGCAGUUUCAUUGGGUAUUACUUGUGUCCUUGAUCAGAACCUAUUUCCAUGUUGUUGUUUGCACUAGGAUGUUCAUUGAUUCCACAUUUUAGAGAGAGCAAUUUGGAAGUAUUCUUAAAAGGCUAUAAAAGUCUCCAUACCCUUGAACCCACAAUACCAUUACUAUGUUUAUAUCCCAAAGCAAUAAAAAACAAAAAGGAAAAAGGACCUAUUUGAAGAAAAACAGAAGCAGCAGCUUUUUGUGGUGGCAAAGAAAUGGAAAAUGAAGAGAAACCCAUCAAUUGGAAAAUGGCUGAAUAAAUUGUGUUAUAUGAUUGUACUGGAAUACUAUUGUGAUAUGAUUCAUGAGAAGCCAGAGGAGAUCAGAGAAACCAGGAAAGACUUCCAUGAACUGAUGCAGAGUGAUGUAAGCUAUAAUACUUAAAAUAGUGGAAGACAUAAACUGUAAUAGAUAUAAGAGUGGUUGUUAAAAUUGUGACCGCAGAAAAUAUGUUUUCAAGACAGUGUCUUGUUUUAAAUCAAACAUAAGGUGGUCGCCAGGGAAAUAUUCCCAAUUAUGAAAUAUACCCAAGUCAGCUGGGUUUUAUAGAGAUUUUAAUUAAUACAAAUGUGGAAUUAAAGAAAAGGAGAGAAAGAGAGAAAAGGGGAAUAAUGAGAAAAGGAUAGGUCUGCUAAGGGCAGCCCUGGCCAACCCAGGCCUAAGCCGCCAGAGAAAAGAUCAGUCAGUCCUUAUUCACUCACCACAAGAUUUGUCCAACCAAGGAUUCUAGUGACACCAGGCCAGCUUCAUCUCAGCUGACUCCACCAGCUAAAUCCUGAAUGUGAAUGUGAAUGAGAAUCUCCUCCUCAGCUCCCUUUCUGAACCAUGUGAUCAAUCAUAUGUUUUCCUUCUGUGUUUCUACUCCCACAGUUCGUUCUCUGGAUAUGGAUAGCAUUCUUUCUCCUAAGAUCCUCUGGAUUGUCCUAGAUCAUUGCAUUGCUACAUAGAAAAGUCUAUUACAUUUGAUUGUGCUACAAUGUAUCAGUCUCUGUUUACAAUGUUCUCCUGGUCCUCAUUUCGCUCUGUAUCAGUUCAUAGAGGUCGUUCCAGUUCACAUAGAAUCCCUCCAGUUCAUUAUUCCUCUCAGCACAGUUUAGUAUUUCAUCACCAUCAGUUACCACAAUUUGUUCAGCCAUUCUCCAAUCAAGGGACACCCCUUCAUUUUUCAAUUUUUUGCCACUUUAAAGAGAGUGGUUAUAUUUUUACACAGACAUAUUUCUUUAUUAUCUCUUUGGGGAACAGACCCAGCAAUGGUAUGGCUGAGUCAAAGAGCAGGCAGUCUUUUAAAGCCCUUUGCACAUAAUUCUGAAUUGCCUUCCAGAAUGAUUGGAUCAGUUCACAACUCCACCAGCAAUGUCUUAAUGUCCCAAUUUUGCCACAUGCCCUCCAACAUUUAUUAUUUUUCUUUGUUGUCAUAUUGACCAAUCUGCUGGGUGUGAGGAAAAGAGACCAUACCAAAGGUGGGCUGGGAGGUAAGAGGGGCCUGGAUUAAGAAGAGUAGCCUCCUCACAGGCAGAAUGGGAAGACAAGAGGGUGUUUUUCUUGCUAGAUGUAACUAGAUUUAGAAGGAAGAGCUGAAGGAGUCAAGCCAGAAUAGUCUGAAUCUAAAGAUGUAAUAACCUCUUGGCUCAAGGACAAUGAUGGCAUCGUGUUAGGGGUUUUCAUCAACCAAACUACUUUCAGGGGUGGUGGAUUUGGUUGACUUGUGUGAAUAAGGGGAUGACCAAGAGCAAAGAGAAAUCUGAAGUUUGAAGAGAUGCUUCAGAUGAAGAGCAAAUGGAAUCUUUACAAGACCUGUGGGGAAAGGGAGAGAGUUCCAUCCAAGUUCAAAAGCAGUUGGAGCCAAAGAGAAAAAAUCUUUUUGUCUGGGACUCUUGAUCUGGGUGGAAGAAGUACCAAUCUCAGAAUCCUUUUGCUUGAAUUGAAUGAAGAUCACAGUUAUCUACUGAAGCUAAUUUUGGGAUAAAGACUCUUUCCCUUAGGGGAACUCAGAGCUUAGCCCUGAAGAAUUUUCCUUGAUCAAAUCCUCAAGAGUUCUAUUAGGAAAGAAGUAUUAGGAACUUUCCUCUUUUUUCAACAACCCUACACUCCAAUAAAUUAGAGCUAUGCCAGAGAUUGAUUCAGAGUUUAUGUAGUAGGAGGGGAAUUUUAAUCUAUCAAUUCAGAAGGAGGCUGUGGGAGAACAGUCUUAGUCUAGACUGUCUGACUCCAUUGAUAACAAACCGAGCUCAGUGAAAGAAAGAGGAAGUGCCACAUAGAAUUCAAUCCCCCAACAGCUGUUCCGUGAUUCCUUCCCUUUUCUAAGACCCCCUCUCUAUUAAACUUGUGAAGAUGAUAUACCUAUAAUAGCCAAUAGGUAUACCCUUUAGAAUUCUUAUAGCCAAUUGCCACUUUUAGUUAUUUCACAUGAACCAGAUCUUGGCCAGCUAAAGGAUUUUACUACUCAUGCUUUACACAAUCUCCUUGCUUCCUUCUUUGACAUACCAUGUUCUUUUGGGAAAUUAGGAUCAUCCCAUGAAUUUAAUAGUUUGUUCAGGGGUGAACAUGGAGGAAUCUUUCCUGAUUUCUUUUGAUUUGUUGCAGUAUUUCGCACAAUGUCUAGUCCUUUGACCCUGAGUUUAGAAAAAAAGUCUAGUCUAGUCUUUCUGUCUAAAUCUAUUUAGGAAAAUCCCUGGGCCUUUUUGCCCUAUCUGAGUGAGGCUUCUGCUCUAGCUGCUACUGCUGAAGAGUUUAGUUGCUGUGGUACAAGUCUGUUACUGUAAGGGGCUGUUUUGGCUAUUUCUGAAUGGGCAAUUCAAACAGUGAAAGGAUCCCAAAACAUUGGGAAAAAAACUUGAGACACAACUUCCUUCCAUUUUAUUGUAUAAAACAACCAAGCUAGAGUAGGAGCAAAUAAGAACCCAAUUCAAGCAGUAGUAAUUGUUGCCAGGCAAUAGUGCCAAUAAUAAAUAUAUAUCAAUUAUUAUUGUUGUGUGAUGAUGUUUGAAAUAAUGAAGCCCUGAAUUAGCAUACUUCAUUAAUAUUGUGUAGAAUUAGUUUGGCUUAAUUGGGUUAUCUUUGGUUUUAUUAUUUGUUUUUAUUCCAUUUAAUUCAAUAGUAUUUUUAAUUAUUAAUAAUUCUUUAAUUUAAUUCACUUGAUUUAAUCAGGUUAAUGUAUUCAAUUAUAUUUGAUUCUAUUAAAACCUUUAAUUGCCUAUA